CGUCUAUCUGAUAUAUAAAGGACGUCCACGGAAACAAUCUCAAUUCAAUCCCAUUCUCUCUCUCAAAUCAAUCCGAAAAAAUCCCUUAAAUUGUGCGGUUUAGAAACCCUAGAUCUUCGCCUGUGUACAUGGAGAUGAUUCAGUCCAAGGCGGUUGUAUCCAUCUUCCUUCUAUCGAUUAGUCUGAUCUUGCCUUUUACCCAAGCUACCGAUGUCAAGUAUUGCAAUGGGAAAACUGAUUAUGAUGUUAAGGUGAAAGGAGUGGAGAUAUCGCCUAAUCCAGUUGUGCGAGGGAAGCCAGCUACCUUCAGCAUAUCUGCAACCACAGGUGAUGCAAUCUCUGGAGGAAAACUGGUGAUUGAUGUUGCAUACUUUGGAUGGCACAUCCAUAGUGAGACUCAUGACCUUUGCGAAGAGACAUCCUGCCCUGUGUCUGAUGGCGAGUUCAUAGUGUCUCACUCACAAGUUUUACCAGGAUUUACUCCCCCAGGCUCAUACUCCCUUAAGAUGAAGAUGAAAGAUGGUAAAAGCCAUGAACUAACUUGCAUUGAAUUUGACUUCAGUAUUGGGUUUGCAUCGCCUGUUGCAGAUAGUUAAGCAGUAGAAGAUCGCUGGAGUCUAUUUGCUAUCACCAUAAAAAUAGCAUGUAGAAAGAAAUUGUAUUUUGUGUAUCUUGCUACUACUUUUACUUCACUGCUACAGUAUGUUGUGUAAUUUGUGAAUCUUAAGCAUUCCUGAGACUAGGACUGAUACAAUGGGUACUUUUAUUGAUGAUCCA